UGCCGCCUUCUAUAUUGUGAUCGAAAGAUGGACACGGCUGGCAACGAAGGAUCCACUUCCGUAAAGAAAAAUCAUAAUAAUAAUGACAAGCAUUUCGAGAUCAAAAAAUGGAACGCUAUUUCUCUAUGGGGAUGGGAGAUAGACAACGUGGAGAGAUGCGCAAUUUGUAGGAACCAUAUCGUGGCGGAGUCAUGUAUUGAAUGUCAGGCUAACCAAGGCACUUCCAUUUCCAGCGGUGACAAGUGCGUAGUUGCUUGGGGGGCCUGCAAUCAUGUGUUUCAUUUUCAUUGUAUUAGCAACUGGCUCAAAACCCGUCAAGUCUGUCCAUUAGAUAACACUGAAUGGGAAUUCCAGAAGUAUGGUCAGUAG